GCCUCGGCCUCCCAAAGUGCUGGGACUACAGCCACCACGCCUGGCCACAGCCAGCUCUUACAUAGAAAGGUGGGGGAAGUUCAGGUUUUACGGCUGGCUUUGCAGGAGAGGGCUUCUAGUUUCUAUGACUCAUCUUGGGGAAGAGGAAUUCUGGUUUCUAUGGCUUGCCUUGGGGGAGAAAGAAGGUUGGGAGACAGGAGGGCAGGAGAAGGUCAGGGAGACUGUGCCUGAGGCUUCCAGUAUCUUUUCGUUCAAAAUAGUCAGCAUGCCAAAGCGCCAUAUUUUGGUGUAUUGUUUUUCUGAGCUCCAACACUGCUUCGGAUGUAUCUCCACUUACUUUAUUUAACCUAAAAGGCUUUCCGCUCAGAGCACAAGUAGUAUGCCAUGAAUGCAAUUAUUUUAUUUAAUCUAAAAGGCUUUCAGCUCAGAGCACAAGUAGUAUGCCAUGAAUGCAAAAUUGUGUGGUUCAAAUAUUCAAAAUAUUUGCCAUUUCAAGUAUUUUGUCUUUAGAAAAUAAAAUCUUUCAAAUCUGGCAACUUGGGAUCAAGAUGACUAUGACCCUAUUCCUCCUUUCAACUGGCUUAUGAUUCAUUUUGAUUUUCCUCUGUAGAAACGGGGCACUUCAUGAAAGAAACUUUCCCUGAAAACCAGGAAUUCUGUUAAAAGACCUUUUUGCUAAUCUAGUUCAGUAGUUGACAAUAGCAUUUGACGGGGAGCCUGGUGAAAGCUACCAUGAGAAUUCGGAAGCAGGAAACUUUCGCAGUCCUGGCGCUACUGGUUACUAAUUGAACGACCUUCGCAAGUAACCUAGCUUCUGUGAACCUGUUUUCUCAUUUUCAAACGCGGUUGAAUAACUACUUUUCAACUAGGACGUUAUGAAAGGUAAUAGGGUAAAGACAAAGGACUAGGUUCGCGUGGAGCCCAGUACUGCUGAAGGAAAGAUACACGAGUUUCGAGGGAGACUAAGGAAAAGAAGCAAAGGACCCCAGAGGUGGUAUCCUUGGUAGCCUCAGCUUUUACACGAUCUAAGUCCAUCCUACGGCGGACACGCUCUCCUUUCCCUGGAAAAUGACUGUUUGCUUCGAAAUAAUUUUUCUCUAACAGAAAACUCCAUUUCUCUAAACUUGGCUUCCCCGCGCAGUUUGCAAACGAGUCAGGGUUUCCUCACUGGCACGCUAGGCUCGCCGAAAUCCAAGCGAGAGUCCCACGCUGCGCAGGGCGGGGGAAUAAUGGGGGCCCAGAUACAGAACAGGCAGUCCAGGACGCCACCGCACCCACAACCACGGAGAGACCGCCCCUCCCGAGCCAGCCUCCGCACCGCCCCUUUUCGAUUCGUUUGCAUGACCUAGGGCGCGGUUUCCGGCGGCAGAGGCGUGUUUUCCGGUCGUCCCUUGGCUCGAUUUUCUUCCGGGGAGGGACUUCCUUUCCAUCAUUGAUAGGCGCCGCGCAGCUGAGCUGGUAGGAGGACCAAACGGGGAGGGUCGGCUCCGCCCCCUAGCGUCCCGUGGCCAUGACGACCGCUCAGCGGGACUCCCUGGUGUGGAAGCUCGCGGGGCUGCUGCGGGAGUCCGGGGAUGUGGUCCUGUCUGGCUGUAGCACCCUGAGCCUGCUCACUCCCACACUGCAACAGCUGAACCAUGUAUUUGAGCUGCACCUGGGGCCGUGGGGCCCUGGCCAGACAGGCUUUGUGGCUCUGCCCUCCCAUCCUGCGGACUCCCCUGUCAUCCUUCAGCUUCAGUUUCUCUUCGAUGUGCUGCAGAAAACGCUUUCACUCAAGCUGGUCCAUGUUCCUGGUCCUGGCCCCCCAGGGCCCAUCAAGAUUUUCCCCUUCAAAUCCCUUCGGCACCUGGAGCUCCGAGGUGUUCCCCUUCACUCUCUGCAUGGCCUCCGAGGCAUCUACUCCCAGCUGGAGACCCUGAUUUGCAGCAGGAGCCUCCAGACAUUAGAGGAGCUCCUCUCAGCCUGCGGCGGUGACUUCUGCUCUGCCCUCCCUUGGCUGGCUCUGCUUUCUGCCAACUUCAGCUACAAUGCACUGACCGCCUUAGACAGCUCCCUGCGCCUCUUGUCAGCUCUGCGUUUCUUGAACCUAAGCCACAAUCAAGUCCAGGACUGCCAGGGAUUCCUGAUGGAUUUGUGUGAACUCUACCAUCUGGACAUCUCCUAUAAUCGCCUGCAUUUGGUCCCAAGAAUGGGACCCUCAGGAGCUUCUCUAGGGAUCCUGAUACUGCGAGGCAAUGAACUUCGGAGCCUGCAUGGCCUGGAGCAGCUGAGGAAUCUGCAGCACUUGGAUUUGGCAUACAACCUACUAGAAGGACAUAGGGAGCUGUCGCCACUGUGGCUGCUGACUGAGCUCCGCAAGCUCUACCUGGAGGGGAACCCUCUUUGGUUCCACCCUGCGCACCGAGUGGCCACUGCCCAGUACUUGUCACCUCGGGCCAGGGAGGCUGCUACUGGCUUCCUUCUCGAUGGCAAGGUCUUGUCGCUGACAGAUUCUCAGACUCACAUAUCCUUGAGGCUCAGCCCCACAGGCCCACCUUUGCCCUGGCCAGUGGGGAGUACUCCUGAAACCUCAGGUGGCCCUGACCUGAGUGACAGCCUCUCCUCGGGGGGUGUUUUGGCCCAGGCCCCACUUCAUAAGGUUAAGAGCCGAGUCCGUGUAAGGCGGGCAAGCAUCUCUGAACCCAGUGAUACGGACCCGGAGCCCCGAACUCUGAACCCCUCUCCAGCUGGAUGGUUCGUGCAGCAGCACCGGGAGCUGGAGCUCAUGAGCAGCUUCCGGGAACGGUUUGGCCGCAACUGGCUGCAGUACAGGAGUCACCUGGAGGCCUCUGGAAACCCUCUGCCGGCCACCCCCACCUCUCCUGCCCCCAGCACACCUCCAGCCAGCUCCCAGGGCCCUGACACUACACCCAGACCUCCACCCCUGCAGGAGGAAGCCAGAGGCCCCCGGGAGUCACCACAAAAAAUGUCAGAGGAGGUCAGGGCGGAGCCACAGGAGGAGGAGGAGGAGGAGAAAGAAAGGGAGGAGGAGAAGGAGGGGGAGAUGGUGGAACAGGGAGAAGAGGAGGCAGGAGAGGAGGAAGAAGAGGAGCAGGACCAGAAGGAAGUGGAAGCGGAGCUCUGUCGCCCCAUGUUGGUGUGUCCCCUGGAGGGGCCUGAGGGCGUGCGGGGCAGGGAAUGCUUUCUCAGGGUCACUUCUGCCCACCUGUUUGAGGUGGAACUCCAAGCAGCUCGCACCCUGGAGCGACUGGAGCUCCAGAGUCUGGAGGCUGCUGAGAUAGAGCCGGAGGCCCAGGCCCAGAGGUCACCUGGGCCCACGGGCUCAGAUCUGCUCCCUGGAGCCCCCGUCCUCAGUCUGCGCUUCUCCUACAUCUGUCCUGACCGGCAGUUGCGUCGCUAUUUGGUGCUGGAGCCUGAUGCCCAUGCAGCUGUCCAGGAGCUGCUUGCCGUGUUGACCCCAGUCACCAAUGUGGCUCGGGAACAGCUUGGGGAGGCCAGGGACCUCCUGCUGGGUAGAUUCCAGUGUCUGCGCUGUGGCCAUGAGUUCAAGCCAGAGGGGCCCAGGCUGGGAUUGGACAGUGAGGAAGGCUGGAGGCCUCUGUUCCAAAAGACAGAAUCUCCUGCUGUGUGUCCUAAUUGUGGUAGUGACCACGUGGUUCUCCUGCUUGUGUCCGGGGGAACCCCCAACAGGGAGCAGAAACAGGGAGAGCAGUCUCUGGCUCCCUCUCCGUCUGCCAGCCCUGUCUGCCACCCUCCUGGCCAUGGUGACCACCAUGACAGGGCCAAGAACAGCCCACCUCAGGCACUGAGCACCCGUGACCACAGUAGUUGGAGCCUCAGUCCCCCCCCUGAGCGCUGCGGCCUCCGCUCUGUGGACCACCGACUCCGGCUCUUCCUGGAUGUCGAGGUGUUCAGCGAUGCCCAGGAGGAGUUCCAGUGCUGCCUCAAGGUGCCAGUGGCAUUGGCAGGCCACACCGGGGAGUUCAUGUGCCUUGUGGUUGUGUCUGACCACAGGCUGUACCUGUUGAAGGUGACUGGGGAGAUGCGUGAGCCUCCAGCUAGCUGGCUGCAGCUGACCCUGGCCAUUCCCCUGCAGGAUCUGAGUGGCAUAGAGCUGGGCCUGGCAGGCCAGAGCCUGCAGCUGGAGUGGGCAGCUGGGGCGGGCCGCUGUGUGCUGCUGCCCCGAGAUGCCAGGCGUUGCCGGGCCUUCCUAGAGGAGCUCCUUGGUGUCUUGCAGUCUCUGCCCCCUGCCUGGAGGAACUGUGUCAGUGCCACAGAGGAAGAGGUCACCCCCCAGCACCGGCUCUGGCCAUUGCUGGAAAAAGACUCAUCCUUGGAGGCUCCCCAGUUCUUCUAUCUUCGGGCAUUCCUGGUUGAAGGCCCUUCCACCUGCCUUGUAUCCCUGUUGCUGACUCCGUCCACCCUGUUCCUGUUAGAAGAGGAUGCUGCAGGGCCCCUGGCAGAGCCCCCACCCCUAGCAGCAUCUGGCGAAGCCUCUGAGAAGGUGCCUCCCUCCUCUGAGAAGGUGCCUCCCUCCGGGCCAGGCCCUGUUGUGCGUGUCAGGGAGCAGCAGCCACUCAGCAGCCUGAGCUCCAUUUUGCUCUACCGCUCAGCCCCUGAGGACUUGCGGCUGCUCUUCUACGAUGAGGUGUCCCGGCUGGAGAGCUUUUGGGCACUCCGUGUAGUGUGUCAGGAGCAGCUGACAGCCCUGCUUGCCUGGAUCCGGGAACCGUGGGAGGAGCUGUUUUCCAUCGGACUCCGGACUGUGAUCCAAGAGGCGCUGGCCCUUGACCGAUGAGGGUCCCACGCCGACCUUGGCCCUGACCUCAGGAGCCACACUGUAGACAUUCCCUCUGCUGGUCUCUGGGUCUGGCUUCCAGGCUCUGGCUGUGGACUUGUUCAGCCUCUGGGUACUAGCCAGUGAGGCACCAAAUGACCCAGGGCUUAAGGGAGAGGCGAGAGAAUGAACUGGCCUCAGGGGACAGGCCACGUGGUCAGGAGGAAUAUUUUUCCUGCACUUUUUCUCAGGUAUCAAUAAAGUUGUUUCCAACUCAUA